GAGCCCCUCGCCUCCCCCCCCCCAUGGUGAACCUCAUGUGGUCGGAGCUGCUGCAGGAUGAGCGCCCCAAAGCCGCCGGCGGAGGAGGAGGAGGAGGAGGAGGCGGCGGCAGCCCGGAGAAGAUGUUCGACGGCGGCUCCCGGCGGCUGCGGAGCUUGUGGGACGGGGUGAGGCUGGAGGUGGCGGCCGAGAGCGCCGGCCCCGUCGUCCUGCACAGCUUCACGCAGCUCGACCCGGACUUGCCCCCCCUGGAGAGCUCCACCCAGGAGAUCGGAGAAGAGAUAGAAGAUGGCGUAAUCUAUAGCAUUUCUCUCAAGAAAGUCCAGCUCCACCACACAGCCAACAAGGGCCAGCGAUGGCUGGGGUAUGAGAACGAGUCAGCCUUAAACCUCUAUGAGACCUGCAAGGUGAGGACGAUAAAGGCAGGCACCCUGGAGAAGCUGGUGGAGUACCUGGUCUCAGCCUUCAAGGGCAAUGACUCCACAUACGUCACCAUCUUCCUGUGCACCUACCGGGCCUUUGCCACUACCAAGCAGGUGCUGGAUCUUCUCCUGAACAGGUAUGGGAAGCUCUACCUCCAGGCUAAUGGAGACCACCCCAGGCAUGCUGUGGAUGAGAGGCUGGAACUGAAGAACACCAUCUCUUCCAUCCUGGGGGCUUGGCUGGAUCAGUACUCAGAAGACUUCCGCAAGCCGCCGGACUUCACUUGCCUCAAGCAGCUCAUCAUCUACGUGCGUCACAACAUUCCCGGGUCGGACCUGGAGAGGCGGGCGCGCAUCCUCUUCGCCCAGUUCCAGCAGCAGGAGCGCUCCCUGGAGCCAGAGGCAGAAGCCGUGGAGCACCCCAGCUGCCCUCUGCGGUUGGAGGAAGAGAACGGGCUGGCGGAAAGCCAGCCAGACUUCCUCUCCUUCUCUCCAGAGAUGGUGGCCGAACAGUUCACGUUAAUGGAUGCCGAGCUCUUCAAGAAGGUGAUGCCUUCCCACUGCCUGGGCUGCAUUUGGUCCCAGCGGGACAAGAAGGGCAAAGAGCACCUGGCCCCCACCAUCCGGGCCACCGUCUCGCAAUUCAACAGCGUCACCAACUGCGUCAUUGCCACCUGCCUCGGGGACCGGACGCUGAAGCCGCAGCAGAGAUCCAAAGUGGUGGAGCGCUGGAUCGAAGUGGCUCGGGAAUGCCGGAUUCUGAAGAAUUUCUCUUCCCUACGUGCCAUUCUGUCUGCCCUGCAGUGCAAUGCGGUGCACAGGCUGAAGAAAACGUGGGACGAGGUGUCGCGGGAGAGCUUCCGCACUUUCCACGAAUUGUCGGAAAUCUUCUCGGACGAGAACAACCACUCCUUGAGCCGGGAGCUCCUCAUCAAGGAGGGGACCUCGAAGUUCGCCACGCUGGAGAUCAAUCCCAAGAGGGCUCAGAAGCGGCAGCAGCAGCAGCGAGAGAUGGGGGUAAUGCAAGGCACCAUCCCAUACCUGGGCACCUUCCUCACUGACCUAGUGAUGCUGGACACAGCCAUGAAGGACUACUUGGAUGGGGGCUUGAUCAACUUUGAGAAAAGAAGGAAGGAAUUCGAAGUCAUCGCCCAGAUAAAACUGCUCCAGUCGGCCUGCAACAACUACAGUUUCACGCAAGAGGAUCGCUUUGUGAGCUGGUUCCACAGUGUGGACCGGCUCACGGAGGCAGAAAGCUACGGCCUCUCCUGCGAGAUCGAGCCCUUGUCCGAGUCGGCCAGCAACACUCUGAAGACAAAGAAGAACCCUGGCAUCAUCAAGCGCUGGAGCGACCGGCAAGUCCCCAGCACGGAGCCCUGCGCCAGCAGCAGCUCCCACUCCAAGUCCUUCGACCAGCUGAAGUGCGGGCCGUACCUGUGCAGUGGGGACACGGCCGACUCAGUCAGCGUCACCUCUGCCGGCUCCAGCAGCUCGGACGUGGAAGAGAUCAACAUCAGCUUCAUCCCCGAGUCCCCUGACGGCCAGGAGAAGAAGGUACAGGACAGCGGCUCGCUGGGCUCCGCUCGUGCCCAGGGGGGCAGGUGGCAGUUCUGGGAAUCCACCUCUCUCUCUUCCUUGGACACGUCUGGCAUCGGCUCCAGCUCCAGCAGCGCCUCCUCGUCCUCCGUCUCCUCCACGCCGGUGCCGGCCUCGCGGACCCACAAGCGCUCCGUCUCUGGCAUCUCCAGCUACUCCUCCCUCUCCCUGCCUCUGUACAACCAGCAGGUGGACGACUGCUGCAUCAUCCGAGUCAGCCUGGCGGUGGACAACGGGAACAUGUACAAGAGCAUCCUGGUGACCAGCCAGGACAAAACGCCGGUGGUGAUCCGAAAGGCCAUGGCCAAACACAACCUGGACGGGGACCGGCCGGAGGACUACGAGCUCAUUCAGAUCAUCUCGGAGGAGAGAGAACUCAAGAUCCCGGACAACGCCAAUGUCUUCUACGCCAUGAACUCCGCUGCCAACUAUGAUUUUGUGCUGAAGAAACGGGGCUUCUCCAAGGCCGUGAAAAUCAAGCACGGCUCCAGCUCCACCCUGCCCCGGAUGAAGCAGAAAGGCCUCAAGAUUGCCAAAGGCAUCUUCUGAACCGGGGGAGGUCCCCGGGGCUUGGCCUUCCCGGGGCAGCAAUGCCUUUUCCGCUAUUGGCCAUUGGGCUCAGUCUGACUGUCUCCCUCUGGUGGCGGCAGCCGCUAGAGAGUUGCCCUUUCUCCGGGUGGUCACGGCCAGGGGAGCAGGGAGAGGAACCCGAAAGUGGCGGAUGAAGCCGGGAAUGUGGAGGGGGGGGGUCCCUCCCACAUCCCUCUCACUCGGUCGGCGGCAGGCCUCUCUCGCCUUGAAUCAGGUCCCCUCGCACUCUUUUUUCUACAUGGAGGAUUUUUAUGCCAACCAGCCAACUUUCCACGGUCCAAGCGCCACAUCCUCGCCACCUGUGGAGCCAGAACCCACCUCUACGCCAUAGGUGCCUUCUGUCUGCGCCGCUGAGACCGCUGCCGCAAAGGGACAGGAUUUUGCUCUCCUGUUACACUAGAACCCGGAAAGGCGGGACGUCCCAGCCAGGGCCGAGGGAGACGGCCAGCUUGCCUCCCAGGGAGCUGCGGCCAGUUCCGGGCUUUGGGGCAAGAGGAUUCAGUGUCCUUAUCGGAGACAGUCCUUACUCUUAGCAACCCACGCCUGCCUCUGUAGGGAGCUAGAUCUGCACUUCUCCUCCUCCUCACGCACUGCCUGGCAAGAGGUGCUGCGGCAUCUUGUACGGAUUUCACCGCCAGACUCUGGACUUUCUGGGACGCAAUGGCCGGCUCCCCUCGGACGUGGGAGGGAGUUUUCCCAGCACCAAAGAUCAAAUGUUCGUCGGCAGCCGUCGCCUUUGGCUGCCCGUCUGGGCCGACUCUUGGCCUCCGGAGUGAAAAGAACCCGUUUCUGUACAAACUUUGUAAAUAAAAACUUCAGAGGGAGUUGGGGGAAAGGAGAGAGAAGGCCCUCUCCGUUCUGUGGGGCUGCCCCGCUUCUCUCCCCUUCCACCGCUUUCUUUGGGAAAAUGCCACUGCUUUGGUGUUUCGGCGGACUGACGACUCCGACGCGGAAAAAGGGCACCGUCCCGUGUUCUGCCGUGAUCAGAUUUUUGUACAAAAAACCUCAUACCCCUGCCCCACCCCGAACUUACUAUUUUUCCAUAUUUAUUGGUUGUAAAUAGACCAGUUGCGUUUGUACAUUUUACUAACACGGUUUAAAAUCCACCUGUAAGCUCUCCUUGUUUUUAAUGAAAGAUUUGGGCCGGGGAAGGGGGCACGUGAGUGUAUGGGGGAGAUGCCUUCCUUCAACAGGGACUGCUGUUUCAGAAGCGCUUAACAUGAAAUUCCAAAAGGGCUGCAGAGGAAGUCGGACUUUGGGGGUUCCCGAAGUCUAAAACCACAGCAGAGCUGGAAGCUGAGGUCUCCAAGUGACCUCCAGCUCCAGCCAGCUACGGCAAAAGUCUGUUCUGAGCAGGGCGGGCUCUGGCUUCCACUGGCAGCUGCCUCCCUCCCCUCGUGGUCUCCAGUAGAGGAGCUGCACAGUAAAGGCUGCACUGUUUUUUGCGUACCCAGCCUUAAGCUGGGAGGACCAGAGACUGAGACCUGCUCAUUUCGCAAUUUUUGGCAAAGCCAUCGGGUCAGAGGAGAGGGUGGCAAAACGGGAGAGAGCCAAAAGUCAUCCUAGGCUGUACUGGAGUUCCCCUGUGCCUGUUUCUACACACUGGCCUUGUCCCAACCGUAACUGCAGCAGUGUUAUUUCUCAGGAUCCCAGAGACAGGUAAGGGGUGGGGGUAGGGGGAAUGCUCCGGAGUUUCUUUUCUAAAAGUGUGUCUCUUGGCAGUAUGCGUUCCUUUGCUUAUGAAGGGAGUCUUUUGUCUCCCGGAGGGCAGGGGACGGAUAUCUUCCCCCCCCCUCCCGGGUCGAGCCUGAGCCUUCUUCAUCGAGCGCUUCAAAGUCUUAAGGACGGCCCGCCUCUGUGGCGCCCCUUUAUCGGACGUCCCUUUUGUGCUGGCUGGGAGGAAGGGAUCUGGCGGGGCCUCUGCUCGGUGGCCCUUGGCAGGGAUCCUCUCUGUGGAUCAGCCAGCCCUGAAUCUUGCCUCAGGCACCGAGGACGGACUAUCUGGAUCCGGGACCUGGUAGGGGGCUGACCUGGAUCCGCACAGUGCCUACAGCUGCCUCGCCUAAGCCCUGUCUUUUCCCGCUUUUAAAUCACGACUAUUUUUAAUUCCAGGUCAAAGGCGACAGCUCUCUCCCCUCCAUCUGCCCCCGUUCCGGGUUGGGAUGCGCACACAGGCUCCGUAGCGCCCUCCCCUACGCAGGAGUGUAAGAAUGUAUGUAUGUAUGAAAUGUGUAGUUUAUGGGAUAUAUGUUUUGUAACAGUUUCCAUGAAGUAGCACACGACCUUGUGUGAUGUGUAUACUGCACUGUAAGUAGCCUUUUCAAUAAAAAGACCACCGUUUUGAUAA